UUAGGAAACGCUCCGAUAUCAGAAACCGGGAAAAAUGUCCCUGAGUCGCAUCUGCAUCCCGCAGUCCCAUCUGCGGAUGGUCAGUAAAAUCAGCAGUACCGUGUUGGGAUCAGCGACCGGCCAUCGUCCCUCAGAGGUCAAUCUGCGCGCAGUUAGUUCCACCUCGUCGGUUUGCGACCAACCAGCAACGGCCAAACCCGUCCAAAAGCAGCACAACUGGAAUCGGGCCGUGAGCGAAGCGGAAAAGAUCGUCGGCUAUCCGACGUCUUUUCUGAGUCUGCGCUGGCUGCUGAGCGACGAGAUUGCCAAUGUGGCACUGCACCUGAGGAAGCUCGUCGGCAGUAAUCAUCCGCUGUUGAAAACGGCCAAAAUCCUGAUCUACAAUGGCAAAAACAACAUGCAAGCGUGGGGCCUCAUUGUGCUGCUCAUCUCGAAAGCCGUUGGACAUGCCCCGUCCAUUCCGGAUAUGGAACAGGACAAAAGUGCCGGCGUGCUGCACUCGCAGCGUGCUCUGGCGGAGGUUACCGAAAUGAUUCGCACCGCGUCCCUCGUUCAUCAGGGACUGGUCAAUCUACAGCCACUGGCAAACUCCGGCAAUGAACUCAGCAGCGAUAGCGAGAUGAUUUUCGGCAACAAGAUUGCUCUGCUCAGCGGAGAUUAUCUGCUGGGGAGUUCUGUUGCGAAGCUGUCGGAUCUCAAUAACCAGGAGUUGAUUGAGCUGAUGUCAUCGUCAGUGAGAGAUUUGGCUGAAUCGAACUUCAUCGGCGAUCGGGAUAUGCAGAACAACCCACUGCCGUCCAACCCGAAACUGGGGUCGACCAGUUCGGCAGGGCAGUCAAACAAUGAUGAUUUAGGAUUUGAAGAUGUGGAAGAUAAUAUACAGUCGUUGAACAUCGAGAACGUGCUGGGGAAUCCCGAGCGGGAGUGGUCGUUGAGGCAUAUCCUAGCGGCUGGAAGUCUGCUGGGCAAAAGUUGCCAGGGAGCGUUGAUUCUAGCAGGCCAACCGGUGAAACUGCAAAAGCAGGCUUACCUGUUCGGAAAGCACCUAUCACUGGCCUGGCAGGCUUGCAUCGAUAUGGAGCCAUUCAGCAGUCCCAACCUCUCGCCAGGAGUUCGCUUCAGUCUCAUCUCCGCACCGGUGAUGUUUCACCUAGAACAUGAUCCAACGUUGUACGAGGAAAUCAUCAAAAUGGGACGAGAAUCAGUGGACAACAUCGACUACGUCAAGAUUCACAGCGAAGUGAUCAAGGGACCUGGUCUGGAAAAGACGUGCAACCUGCAGAAGAAGCAUAGCCUCGCGGCCAUGGCGGUGCUAAAUGAGUUGCCUCCAUCGGACGCUCGGACCGCUCUCCAGAACAUCAUUUUAGCGAUGGAGGACUUGUAAUGUUUAUAACUAAAUAUUGAGCAGGAAAUUGCUACGAACUCACAAUU